UCAUAUACAGACGUUGGCUUACCAUGCGCUGUAUCUGAAGAUGGCAACGUUAAGCAUCAGUUGCCCCCAACCUUUUAUUCCUUGAUGUAUUUUCUCCUGUGGUUGUUGUACUAAUUUUAUGGUUGUGGGAGGGAAAAUCAAAGCACAAGACUAAGGAGGCUUUGUUUAAGAGCAAGGCCUUUUUAAUAGUAAUUUGGAGAAGUACCUGUUUUCUGUACUAAUGUUCAGAUAAGGAACCUGCAGUCACGUCCAGCUAUUUUAGAUCCUCUAAACUCACAGAUCCAAUGGCUGUCCCACCAUCAUACAGUGACUUGGGAAAGUGUGCCAGGGAUGUGUUCAACAAGGGAUAUGGAUUUGGAAUGGUCAAAUUAGAGUUGAAGACCAAGUCUUCCAGUGGGGUGGAAUUCACUGCAACUGGUUCUUCCAACACAGACACAGGCAAGGCUUCAGGCAGUCUAGAGACCAAAUAUAAGAUCAAAGACUAUGGACUUACAUUCACCCAGAAGUGGAACACAGACAACACAUUGGGAACAGAAGUUUCCAUGGAGGAUCAGUUGGCUGAAGGAUUGAAGGUGGCUCUUGACACUACAUUUGUACCAAACACAGGGAAGAAGAGCGGAAAGUUGAAGACCUCCUACAAAAGAGAACAUGUAAAUCUAGGCUGCAACAUAGACAUUGAUCUCUCUGGACCAACCAUCUAUGGCUGGGCAGUGUUGGGCUACGAAGGCUGGCUUGCUGGCUACCAGAUGGCCUUUGAUACAGCCAAGUCUAAGCUUUCGCAAAAUAACUUUGCCUUGGGAUAUAAGGCAGGAGACUUUCAGCUGCAUACUAAUGUGAAUGAUGGCACCGAGUUUGGUGGGUCUAUUUAUCAGAAGGUUAAUAAUAAGGUUGAGACAUCAGUCAAUCUUGCAUGGACUGCUGGCAGUAACAACACACGUUUUGGUAUUGCUGCCAAGUACCAACUGGAUGAGAAGACUUCCAUUGUGGCUAAAGUGAAUAAUGCCAGCCUGAUUGGAAUUGGUUAUGCUCAUGCCCUCCGACCCGGUGUAAAGCUGACCCUUUCAGGCUUGAUUGAUGGCAAGAAUUUCAGUGCUGGAGGUCACAAAGUUGGGCUGGGAUUUGAGCUGGAAGCUUAAUGCAGCUUUAAGUAAAACAACAGGUGGUGCUCUGGAAGAUAAAGGAAAAAUGUACCCAGUGUGUUUCGGCCUUAAUAUUACUCUGAAAUUUCAAGAAGUGUGAACUUUCUACUCUUCCAAAGAAUCAUUUUAACCCAACACUGAAGUCCAGAGAGCGCCAGCACAUCAAAGGAAGAUACUUGAAGGUAUGCAUGGAAGUUGUGAUGUUUGUGCCACAUUUCACUUCAGUUUCCCGUAUUUUAAAUCUGUUCCUAAAAACAGAUGAAAAUCCCUCCUCUCCCCAUUAUUGUAUUGUAUCCUGCAUGUCCUGUACUUCACAGCCUUUUAUAAAAGGUGGUCUCUGUGCUGUAGUGGAAAGUUGGGCUUACAUCAGAAUGAAAUAAAUUGGUCACAGUUGGAACAU